GUGAGCGUCUGCCGAGGCCCAAUCAGCGGCUCAGUGCUGCCUGCCGGUGCCGGGGACUGGUGGUGAGGAGCCGCUGCAGCGCGUCAGGACCGGACCGUGAACCCGGAGACGGUACACACUGAGGCGAAAAGGAGACACAGGAUGGAGCGGAUGUCUGAGGAGGCGCUGAGGCUCAACCUGCUGAAGCGAGGCCUGGAGUCACCUAGCGAGCGAGAGGAGGCGUUGGCCAAGCGCCUCAAAAUGGAGGGACACGAGGCCAUGGAGCGCCUCAAGAUGCUAGCACUACUUAAACGCAAGGACCUAGCUGACCUAGCAGCCCUGGAGGUUGCGGGGCCCCUGGGAGACGGGAAGGGGCCCGGAGCCAGCAGCCUCCACCACCAGAGCCUAAUGGGUGCUGCUUAUGAGGAGAAGCUGAAUGGGAGUAUGAGGCUGGGAGGCCAUGGCAGCCAUAUUGGAGCCAGUAAGAAUGGGAAGGAAAACAUCCUGGAUGAGCCGGUGGAUAUGAGCGCUGGAAGAAGAUGUGAUGCGGACCAUGACAGACGAACUCCCUCUCCGGACGUCAUCAUCCUGUCAGACAACGAGGCAUCCAGUCCCAGAACAACACCUCGCCCUGAGGAGCGCCUGCACCAGGCCAACUUGGACAUGUUCAAGGGGAAGACAGGAGAAGAGCGGCAGCAGAUGAUCAAAGCUCUGAGAGAGGAGCUGCGUCUGGAGGAGGCCCGCCUGGUCCUCCUCAAGAAGCUCCGACAGAGUCAGAUGCAGAAGGAGAAUGUGGUGCAGAAGGUUCCAGUGGUCCAGAACGCUGCAUCCUCUGUGCAGCCUCCUCCCAUGCACAGCUCUCCUGGUCUGGGGAAGCUGCCUGUGAGGCCGGGCCUGCACAACCCUGAGCCCCAGAACCUCCGCACUGCACAGGGUCAUACAGUCAUCAGGUCAGCAGCCAAUGCCAACCUGCCGCCCAUGCUGAUGUCCCAGCGAGUGAUAGCCCCCAACCCUGCCCAGCUGCAAGGCCAGAGGAUCUCUUCUAAGCCUGGGAUGUCUCGCUCCAGCUCAAGUAGCUUGGCCAAUGCAGUCAGCUACCAGCAGGCCAGCCAGCAGGUGGCAGCUUCCCAGCGCUCAGGCUCUAGUGCCAUGUACAUGAACCUGGCCCACAUGCAAGCAGCAGCAGCAGCAGGGGCCGGCGGGGUGGCCGGUGGCCUGGGCGGAGCCUCGGCUGUCAGCCCAUCCACCAUGUCCAGCUCGGCUGGCGGAGGGGUGAGCUCCAUGGCCGAUCAGGCCAGUAGCCAGGCGGCGGCCAAGCUGGCCCUUAGGAAGCAGCUGGAGAAAACCCUGCUGGAGAUCCCUCCACCCAAACCCCCCGCCCCACUCCUUCACUUCCUGCCCUCUGCCGCCAACAGCGAGUUCAUCUACAUGGUGGGCCUGGAGGAGGUGGUGCAGAGUGUGCUCGACAGUCAGGGUAAACUCAGAGGGACGCUGGCCCGCAUGGAGCCUUUCUUCUGUGCCCAAUGCAGAACCGACUUCACCCCCCACUGGAAGCAAGAGAAGAGCGGGCGAAUUCUCUGUGAGCAGUGCAUGACUUCCAAUCAGAAGAAGGCUCUGAAGGCGGAGCACACCAACAGGCUGAAGAACGCCUUUGUGAAGGCCCUGCAGCAGGAGCAGGAAAUUGAACAGAGGCUUCAGCAGCAGGCGGCCCUCUCUCCCAGCUCGGCUCCUACUGGCCCCAACGCCUCCAAGACUGACACCAUGAUUCGACAUCAUGCACUCCGCCAGGCUCCCCAGCCUCAGGCCUCCCUGCAGCGAGGUCUGUCCAACUCAGCGCGAGGUGUCCUGUCCAACUUCGCCCAGGCCUCCCAGCUGUCAGUGGCCAGCAGCCUCAUGGGAAUGACUAGUGCCAAGCACUGUGGCAGCGGUGGAGGCAGCAGCAGCAGUAGCAGCAAUAGACUGCAGCAUGACAGCCGUCGCCAGAUCUACAACAUCCCAGGGUUAAAUAUUGCCUAUCUGAACCCAGCGGCAGUUGGACCCCAUAAGAGCUCCAGCUUAGCAGACCGGCAGAGAGAGUACCUGUUGGACAUGAUCCCACCUCGAUCCAUAUCGCAGUCCAUCACCGGACAGAAAUGAGCCCCGCCCAGCUCUCCUGCCCCUCUGAAGCCACCCCCCCAUCCUGCCCUCCUACCCCAUACUGAAGCACUCCCAGAUCGACCAACAUCCCCACCCCACCCCCACCCCACCCCCCAUCGCAUGCAGUGCCUGUCCGUGUGCCUACCUUAAACCAACCCAUGAAAACCCACGAAGUCGGACAAAGACACUAAACUGUCAGUGCAUCUCAAAUGUUGUUAUUAUAGUAAAAAUCUUCUUCGUCAGCGUUGUUUAACAAUUAUAAUUCCCAUUAUUAUCGCUGUUGGUAGCACUAUUAUUAUACCUGCAACUACCAUUUUUGCUUCAGUUACGAUUACUCAUUAUGCUUUUUUUCUUUUAUAAGUGUUUGGUCCGUUUUUGUUUCUCUGCUGUCUCUCCUUUACCUUGGGCAGUGACGGUGAGUCAUUGUAGGGCCACUUUAGGCCACGAUCAUAUAGGAUUUUUUUCUCCACUCAAUUAUAAAGCUUAGAUGUGACUAUUGCUAGUAACAGAUCAACAGGGUGCAUUCUGGUUGCUAUGCAACAUAAAGUUUAACAACUUUGAAGCUUUGUAAAAAGUGUUAGCUCGCUAACUUGGAGUAACAAAGUGGAAAAUACUCAAUAGGAACAAAAACAGGGGAGGGGGGGGGGGGGGGGGGGCAUGAAAAUGAAAUUGAGACCAGAGCACCCACAUUUGUAUCGUCUUGUCAAAAGGGCCAGUUUCAAGAGCUGUUUUCACACCGUUAUGCAGCUCCAACAACUUGGGUUUGGGGCAGCAUCACCAAUUUUGAGGAGACAUCCUGCUACCAUCAGAGCUAAUCAACCGACAUGACUAACAAAAGGUGCAUAUGUGUACAAAAGAGAAUCCUAUGUGAUCAGAUUUUGGAAAACCUUGUGCUUUUCUAGUCGGCUCCCACCAUUUCCAAAUCAAAGGUCAUCACCAGUUUCUUCAUUUCAGACGUCUGCCUCUCCUGCUACAGAUUUGAACACUUACCAGAUGGAUGUAACUGUUAACUACAAACUGUAGUUCUACUAAUCAGGACUGACAGACGAAACUACUGCACCUUCACUGGACCAACAGCCCAUAUAAACUUAAGCAAGGAGGGAGCUGACAGGCCGGAGGACAUCGUCUACAAACUCACCCUGUAUGAACGGGGGGAUGAUGGAGUCCACUCAGAGAGAAGCAAGUUGGUUUUCCCUCCUAUCUCACUUCCUGCCACCGACCCCUCCAUGCCCCCCUAGAUACCUUUGGUUAUCCAGUAUGCACAGACUGAACCCUUUUUACCCAGCAGCUCCUCUUGGCAUCACAUGUUCUUUGAGAAAGUGAAAAGAACUCAAAUCUGAAGGUGGAGGCACAUUUUCUGCGUCCAAACCACAGAUUCUGUACCUAAAAACCUAGAAAAAUCUGGGUUCCUUUUCUUGUUAUAUUUGGAUUUUUAGAUUGUUUUCUGAUUGUUGACCCCUCCCACCCAACCUUCCCUUCUUUUUUUUUAGUUCAUCUGUUAGUUUAUUUGUUUGUUAUUUUUUGCGGCGUCUCCUAAUGAAAUGGUGGCGUGCCUGAGAGGUAUUAGCCCCCGGAGACGAUAAUAAUCAACAUAGCUAAAAACAGAAACUAUUGAAAUAUCUGUAUGGAUAAUGUAUAGAUACCUAGCUUCAGAGGGAGAAAAAAAAGGAUGUGGAUUAUAUCUUUUAUGGGAGAGACAUGGAUCAAUCAUUGUGUGCAUGCUCUGCACACAAGUUGCCUCACUCCAGAGGAGCACUUUGCAUAUUUCCAAUUGGAAAAACAUUUUUUUUUAAAGGAGGAAAAGAAUGUUACAAUUGAGAGUGGCUAAGGUCCGGACGCUGGCUGACAGCCCACCAGAGUGUUAGGGGAGAUGUCCUGAGUAUUGUGGAUUGCAUCAAGGUUUGUGUUUUAGGGAUGAUGAGUGGUUUGAUCCUAUUUUUACUUUGCCAGUGUUGAUCUCUGUUAAUGUUGGACCUCAAGUGUCGGUUUCCAAAUCCCUGGUGCCCAGUGUGCUGGGGUUAGAUGAUUACUAGAUAAGUAGAUGUACCAUCAUCAAAACCCAGCCGUAAAUUUAGUCUCCUUUUCAGUACAGUGGGACACCAUCAGCUGUCCAAUUUGUCCAUAUGGAUCUUCCUUCUCAGAUAUUAGCUAGUUGUGUGCAGCCACAGCUCUUCCCUGAUCACAGCUACAGGAAACCUAAAAAUGAGAUUUGUUUUAAUUUGCACAUUUCAUUCAUUGAACCGUUCAAUCUGUUCCAUAAAUAUUUCAUUUAAGCCGGGCUCAGGCUGCAGGAGUUUUGGGCUGACUUAUCCCCUGAUUCACCUAGAGGAGAAAUCGGAUGUCAGGCCCAGAUUAUCUGGUAAUGUGAGACGUUUAAAUAUACAGAUCCCAACUUCAAUCAUGGCUGAUAUUAAGGAUUUAAAAUCAGGGUGAUGGUGGUUAUGAUUACGUCAGUACGCAGCUGCUGACCGUUUUCCCAAGCAACAGUAAACAUUCUAGCUCCGAACAUUAGUGAACACACUACUUUUGAUAUUAAAACUGACGUGAGGUGUUGCAUUCAUGCUCCCUCUGUCAUGAUAGUCUUUAUUAUAUUCUCUAUUAUGUGAUGCGCCAUUGUUUUCUAAUCUUGUAGCGUGUUUGAGAGUAGAGAAUAACAUCUGUGAAGUCUUAUUUGCAUGAUAGAACCUGAUUUUAAAAUUGGUUUUGAACGAUUUUAAACUCCUCUAGUCUGAGCCCAGCUUUAGAGGCAGUUGUGUGUCCCAGAGUUUCGCCCUGUCUCAAAGGAGAGGACUGGUUUACAGCUCAAACCUGCUAACAUCAGGCUACAUCUAGUUAACUUUAUAUAAAUACAUAUAGACACACACACUACCCCGAUGUGAAGUGUAAGAGCAACACUUAACUGGUUUCCUCAGGAGCGGUGGGCUCCAAAUGUUGUCGUAGCUCAGGCAUUUCAAGCAGUGUUCAGUCAAUGUGCAGUAUUACUCUCAGAACUUAGUGACUCCUGACUGAAGGACACAGGCGCUGUGAUGAAGUCAGUUUGUGUUUGAGAUACAGGGUUCUGAACUGACCAACACAUUUCAGUCUGAGUGGGAAACCUCAGCUUACUAAGGAGCCGUAGCAAAUAGUCAACUGUCAUCUAUGAAAUCUCAUGUCUGAUUUGGAUAAAACACAAAGCAAAGACUGUUUUAGUGACUCAUUUUGGGAUCACACCGAUCCAUGUUAAACAUCUUCCAGGCAGGAGCAUGUAAAUUGUUCAUAGAGAACAUCUAGAUUGUUGUGUGGUGAAACAACGUGGCACAGGUUCACCAUUGACAUGAGACCGACACUGUUGCAGAGGGUCGCAGGUGGCCAACACACAUUCUGGCAGCCAUGUUGGAUUCCUUCACUUCUUGGGCAACAGCUUGUUACAGCUUCUGACAAAAUGUUUAUGUCUCAGUUUCUGUGCAGUUAAUAUGUGUGAAUGAAACAGUCAUGAUUACGUUGUGUUUGGAUUUCUGAUCACGUUUGGGUUACAUCACACUCAGUUCAUUCUGGACUCACACUCUUAAACUUUGAAUCCUCUACACAACGUUCAGACACUCACGUUCCAAAAUUUCACUUUUGUCAGGUACUUUGGUUUACGACCAAAUAUCUGCAAGACUAAUGACAUUCUCAUCAGCUUCAGCUGUACUUUGUGUUAAGUUUUAAUUCACAAAUGGUAGCACGCUAACACGGUAAACAUUAUACCUGCUACCUACCUUGUUAAAAUUCAUUUUGAGCAUGUUCACAUCCUGACAUUGGCGUUAAGCUCAAUGUACUGCUAUGCUAAGUAAAGCCGCACAGCUGGUGUGGCUGUAGUCUCUUAUUCUUGUUAAAGCUCCUUCUGCUGAAUGGCAAGCGAUGCAAAAAUGUAAGAUAAAGCUAAAUAGCAAGAGAAGCUACAGUGGCACUUAAAAACCCUUUCUAAAGUUUUUUUUUUAAAAGUAGCUAAUAAGUUUAAGCUUCUUGCUAAAAACAAACCGGCAAAAUAAACUAUAGCACUUAAUUUCAAAGACUGUGUGUCGGUAAGUGGCCAGUCUUGUUUCUUUGAUUCGAGCAGAACUACUGUCUGCACAGUAGUAGAAGCUAGCAGUGGUCCAUUUUGUUCAAUGAGUCCACCAGCUUGUUAGCUAAGCUAGCUAACGAAGCCCCUCAAUUUAAUUUUUUUUAGUGUUAUUUUUCUCACAGACAGCUUCUGUCUUCAUUCAGGCUAACAAGCUUUACCGUGACACUGAUGUUCUCUGUCCAUGUUCUAAAUACAGUUUCUAUCAGCUCUUCAGAUUGCUAGUAAAAUGGAAACACUUGACGUUUUGACAGGGAAAUCAUUUUAACGACUGGGCGAUGAAGUGUUUUCUUCAGCCAAUGCAGUAGCAGAAUUCAGGGCUCAAAAUACUUCUGUGUACAUGCACUGGUGCAUGUAACUUUUAAAAAUACAUGCACCAUUUUUUUUUUUUUCUUAAAGUUUUUUUUUUACCUGCACCAAGGUUUUAUUUUACUUCACUAUUUGGUGUCAGGACAUUUUCAGUAUGUCAGAAUACCAUUUGAGGUUUAUGGUCAACCUAAGUUUAUAUUAAUACUAAUAUGAAAACUUUAAAAAAAAAAAAAUCAUAUUAGGACUUCUUCACAGAUGUCACGGUGGUGUCUAAUAAAUUAUCGCUGUGAUACGAGCCUUUCUUCAUCCAUCUUGGCUGCUCUAAGCACCAGUAGUGUAACAGAAGGAAAAGACAUCAGAGUCCAAACAGGGGCCAGCUUGAUCAGGUUAUACAUGGUGCAGCUUUUGCACUGUGCCACUCCAUCAUGUCCAUCUGUGCACUGUCAGCACGAGUAUAAAGAAGGCUUCAGCGCCCUUUAUUCAAUCCGCAAUGUCAUCAAUUUUCAAUUUGUUUUUCAUUGUGUAGAAAAAUGGCCCUGUGGCAUCAGAGCAGGUGAAAAGUUUUAAAAGCGUGAAGUUCAUGGUCAAUGCAUGAGACUACGGUCUGUACCAAGCUACGUGCACUGGUGCAUGUAAAGCUGACCAUUACUUGCACAGCUCGACUUUUAUGUGCACUUACAUGCAUAUGCAAGUGGUAUUUCGAGCUCUGAGAAUGUGUAAUAGUUGGAACCUUUUCUGAGAGACCAAUGAGAGAUAGCCUUUACGGGAAAAACAAACCGUUUGACCAAUGCUAGUUUAGCACAAGCUAGCUUAAAAAGGGGACAGACUUCACUUCACGAGCUCCUCUUCUAAAGUCAAGACAAUUUAGAACAAACCACAGCAAUAUAAACCCUAAAUCUGCUCACCUUUACUAAUGUUAAUACAAACAGUCCUUUUAGAUGAUUCUGUAGCCAUGACCAUGUUUCACCUCUCCAGUGGAUGUCCUUGAUGGAGCUCUACACAGUUGAGAGUUUGGUGGUGUAACUGCACAGCCUCUGCACAUCUUCUGUCAUUUGUUUUUGUGGAUCUAUGUCACUGUUACCCUCUGCAUUGUUACAGUCCCCCCGUCCAUAUGUGCACAGUGGUUGGUGAUGUUUAUUCCAGCCCGACUGUCAGAUGGAUGUGUUCUGGUUCAGACCUGCACGUCAGAGCGAUGUGAUGAUGAACAGCCCAGUGACAUGAAAGACUUAGGCCAGGACUAUGAAACUACCUACGAUUAGAUUCAGAGAUGUUAGCUCAAGUUAACACUUGGAAAACAUCAUUUUUGUUAAUCCUAUAAAAAACAUAGAUCAAUUAUCACUUUGGUGGAACAGUUGAAAUUGGAUGUAGAGAUAUAUUUUAAUGAGUUUUUAAUGUCUGGGAUAAAUUUUUACUGCCACUCACGAUUUGAUUUUAGCAAUGUUUUUGUCAUGCAUCUCCUUUUGCUGCCAAGCUGAAGUUAAAGAAAAAAAAAAAAGCUCCUGUCUCUUGCUCUUUUGCAGAUGCAUCCACACACCUUUGUAUUUGGACUGCAGAUUCUUUCUUGAAAUCUAAAAGAUUUAAAUUUGAAGUCAUUCUUUUUCUGACGUCUCAAUUGAGUUCUGUUUUCUUUCUAUUGCAGUUUUAAAAAAUAAACAAAUGUAUUGACUAUGGAAUAAAUGACACGAUAUUUGCUAGGUUUGAAGUAAUAAUGACUUAUUGUACAUAAGCAUUUUCUCCUCCCUUGUACUGAAAAAAGAAAUUAAAUGGUUGUAUAUUGUGUAGAAAAGCAAACAAAAAGCCAUGAAUAUUGUGAAGCUUGUCAUUUCGUUUUGUGAUCACUGUGUAUUAUUGUGUAACAAAUGUGCAAAAUGUUUGGGAUUCUUUUUUUUCCCCCCUCCCUCCUCUGCUUCUUGAAGCGGUCUCCCUGGAUGCAUUCGCUUUGGUUGGGGACUAGUUAAGAGUUUGCAGGAAGGUGCUCAUUGGUUCAGACACACAGGGUCUACAGUCUGGUUCACAUUACACAUCUGAACAUUUCUUUUGUUUUCUCUCAGAGCGUUGAAACUUGAAAUAACUUUGUUUCCUUUCCUGAUCUUGCUCUAGAUAAAAGCACUUUGAAUGUUUCACUUUGUGUGUCAGAUUACAUGGAGAGAAUUGAGGGACCCUCCUGAACUAAUGGUUUGAUCCAGGGUCAGACUGAUGUGCCAGUUUGGCCUCUCACCAAAGGACCAGACUGGUGUUUUUGCAUGUUCAUACACAUCAUGUCUAUCCUACAUUAUUGCUGAUUGUAUGUCCACACAUUCAGGCACAUUGGCUUUCUAUGAACCAUUGAGUUGUGAAAUUUGCUGGAUUGGAGAGUGGGUGCUGACACAUUUGUGCUACUCACAGUGUUGAAAGAUGACAUUUAAAAACAUGGUGUCUAGUGUCCCUGUUGCUCUGACGAACACACUGAAGACUGUUCUCAUUCAGACUUUUCUCAGAAAGGAGUUCCAGCUGUUUACAGUGACGAAGGGUAACAGGGACAUUCAUUGUGAAUGGUAAAUUGUUGAUAUGAUCCUAAUGUGCAUUUCAAGUGGGUUCCAGCUUUUCACCAUGGUUUACAUCAUUUCUUGGAACUUUUGGCAUAAAAAAGUCAAUUUUAUACAGAAGUUUGGCUCUAGAUGUUCCAUCCAGGUAUUCGCUCUUACAUCAGUGGAACCCUGGUUUUUGUUAAAUGGCCACGUCUGCUGCUUGACCUGAGAAGAACUGACCCUGAAUCAGUGAUCACUUUUCCUGCCAACACCAGCAUACAACACGUAUGGUCCUCUACUGUUUGGCUUUAUCUUCUAUUAGUUGUCGUUGCUAAUGCAGGGAAAUGUUUAAUUUUCGAAAUUAGUUUGAUCAAUUUUCAGUUGACUUUUUGUAUAAUGUUGACAAUGUUGAAAUAAACAUUUGGGGACGCGGAAACAGACAAAAUCGACCGGAAACUAAUCUAAAAGUCCUUUUUUUUGUUUUUGCUUACAUCAAUCCUGACCUUUUGCACAUACUUGAUAUUUAACGGUCUUCAAAAAAGUAAAAGAAAAUAAUGCUGUUUGAAUACUGCCAGUUGAUUGACAAUUAUGCAUUGAUUGAAAAAAUAAGCUAAUUUUGGAGGAAAUAACUUUGUAAUAUUUAUCUCUUGCAAGCUAUGUUUAAUAAAGGUUGAAACAAUU